GUUGUGUUUUAGUUCAGAACGGUUGUAUUGAAAUAUGACGUGUUUUGACGUUAAUUAUUCAAAUAGCGUGUUUUCUAAAAAAUAUAAAAGGCAGUUGUCAGCCACACUGACAGGACUUAUAGUGGCAUUUAGCUAUGGAAUCUCAUUAGGAUGGAUAACACCAAUGAUUUACAAACUGCACUCAGCCAGUUCACCAUUAGCAUUUAGAAUUUCAAUUGAAGAAGCUUCCUGGAUCGGUUCACUUUCAAAUGUCGGAGGACUAGCUGGUACUAUUUUCUUUGGAUUUUUGAUUGAUCGAGUUGGACGUAAGAUAUGCCUUUAUAUCCUCCCGCUGCCACAUGCCUUCUUUUGGGUUAUGGUAUACUUUACCAGCAACGUCUACCAUCUAUAUCUAGCCCGCCUGAUAGGUGGUAUAACUGGUGGUGGUAUUUUUCUCAUUUUUCCAAUAUUUAUAUCAGAAAUAGCUGAUCCUCAAAUUCGUGGAACACUGGGAUCACUUGUAGCCCUCUUUACAAAUGUAGGUGUUUUAAUUGGAAAUAUAGUGGCAUCACACGUUUCAUACCACAUUGUGCCUCCAGCAGUUUUAACACUACCAAUCAUGAGCAUUGCAUUUCUUGUACGCUGUCCCGAAACUCCGCAGCACUUACUAAAGAAAGGAUAUUUCGAUAGAGCGAAAAACUCAUUGAAAUACUAUUCAUAUCACAAUCACAAUGUUAACAAUGAAGAUGGUGAAGACAAAUUCAAUACACAGUUUGCUGAAUUAAAAGAAGCUAUCAAUUUGUCAAACAUACAGCAAAAGGUGUCCUCACAAGACUUUAUGAACAAACGAUCAUUGAAGGGAAUGGCAACUGGAAUCACGAUAAUAUUCAUUAAUGUCUUUUGUGGGUUUUAUUCCAUUACAAAUUAUUCCUCGCUGAUUUUUGCCCAGACUAAAUCUUCUAUAGAUCCAUAUACUAGCACAAUUGUUAUUGGCGGAGUUAUGAUUUUGGGCUCAUACGUUGCAUCAUUUUUUGUUGACAAAUUUGGAAGGAAGAUUCUUAUGAUGAUAUCUUCGGGGAGUAUGGCUAUUCUGCUAGCGAGUUUUGGUGGAUAUGUCUACUUAACAGAUCGCAUUGACUUGACUAGGAUACAUUUUCUGCCAGUGUUGCUAAUUUCGUUUAUUAUAUUUACUGGAAGCACCGGAAUUGCUGCCAUUACAUUUGUUUUACUAGUUGAAGUUCUUCCUCCAAAGAUUCGGUCAUUGGGUGCGACUUUGUGUCAAAUAGUUAUGGGGAUAUUUGCAUUUGGAGCUCUUAAGUUAUUUCCAGUUUUAAUGGCAAGCAUUGUUAUUAUAAUCGCAUAUAGCUAUGGAAUUGGUUUGGGAUGGCUUUCUCCGAUGCUUCUAUUAUUUCAAUCGGAAGAUUCACCUUUGAUGUUCAAAGUCACAGUGGAGCAAGUUUCAUGGAUUGGAUCGCUUACUAGCAUUGGAGGAAUGCUGGGAACAAUUUUGUUUGGUAUCAUAUUGGAUCUAGUUGGAAGAAAAAUGUCCUUGUAUUUAUUGCCUCUACCACACAUGGCAUUUUGGAUCAUAAUUUACUUCGCCCACGAAGUUUAUCACCUCUACAUAGCCCGAUUCUUAGGAGGCGUAACAGGGGGUGGCAUUUUUGUGGUUAUAUCAAUAUUCAUUUCUGAAAUCGCUGAUCCAAGAGUUCGUGGUUCCUUGGGUUCGCUUUUUAUUUUUACAAUUAACAGCGGUAUGGUAUCUGGAUUUGUGAUUGGAUCAUACAUUCCUUAUUUUGUGAUUCCCGGUGUCAUUUUGACUUUGCCUAUUCUAAAUCUACUGCUUUUAACUCAAUACCCUGAAACGCCUCAAUACCUGCUGCGAAAAGGGAAAACUUCUUUGGCAGAAAAAUCAUUUAAGUUCUACAAAAACCAUAAAAGUGGCAAUAAAGAACAAGACCAGCAGAUGUCUUUGGAUUUUAACGAACUAAAAACAAACAUUCAAUCAGCUGAAAAUCAGAAAAAAGUGACAAUUCAUGAUUUCUUAACUAAACGAGCUCUAAAUGGCCUUGGAAUCGGUGGAAUUCUAAUGGGAGUCUAUAUGCUGUCAGGAAAUUUCGCCAUAAUUAAUUAUUCAUCUAUAAUUUUUGCUGACAUAGGUUCAAUAUUGAAUCCAAACGGAAGUUCAAUAGUUAUUGGAUUGGCACAAAUACUUGGUUCAUACAGCGCAACAAUUUUAGUUGACAGACUCGGAAGAAGAAUGUUAAUGAUGCUUUCGACAAGUUUUCUUUGCACAGGUUGUGCUAUAGUUGGAGCUUAUUCUUAUUUGUCGCACCACAAUGACCUGACCAACUAUCAGUGGAUACCUCUAGUGAUGAUUUCAUUUGUUAUAUUUUCGGCAAAUUUGGGAGUUGUGUCGGUGUCUUUUGUAAUUCUCGUUGAAGUUCUUCCCUUGAAGAUUCGUUCAUUAGGGUCGACAUUUUGUUUGGUUCUCAUGGGACUCUUUUCAACUAUUUCUUUGAAAGCAUUUCCAGUUUUAAUGACGAUUAUCGGACUAGCUGGCGUUAUGUGGAUAUGCGGAGGAGUCGCCUUAUUUGGUUUUAUAUUCAACAUAUUGUAUUUGAAAGAAACAAAAGGAAAAUCAUUAGACAUUGAAAAACCAUAAUAAGUAGGAAUAGUAGUUUAUUUUAAAAAUAAGAAAACUUCAAUGUUACUAUAGUAUUAAGAUUAAUAAUUUUUAGAAAUAUCAAUGUAUUUAAAAAUGUACGAAAAAUAUUAAUUUUUUUUCACAAUGUCAUAAUUUGCCAUAUUAAGUUUAUUUAAACAAAAUUCAAUGAAAACAUUAAUAAAUGCACUUAAAAAUUGAAA